AUUUUAGAACAAACUAUAUUAGCUGCAAAUAGUCUUCAACCAACAAUGAUUUUUACAGAUACCAAUCUAGCAAUGCAAGUAGCUAUAGCAAAUAAGUAUUCUGAAGCUAUUGUUCAAUAUUAUAUAUUUUAUAUUCAUCAAAAUCUAAUUAAAAAGCUUAAAAAGAAGCUCCAUAACAA